AAAUCGUCAUCUCUUACAAAAUCAUUAAUCACUCAUCACUCGCCACUCAUUACAAUUUCACAGACAUACAUACAUAAACCAUUCAGCUGCUCGGAUUUUCCCACAAAUAAAUCAACAAUGAAAUCCACACAAACACAAUACCUCUCCCCGUUCAUCUUCUUCUUCCUUCUCAGCUUGGUGUUAACCUUGUUAUUAUCCCCUGCAUCUGCUGCCCAUGAUAACCUCAACGCCCACACCAGCAUCAUAUUCACUACCUUGGGGAGAUCAAGCUAUGCUUUUGACAUCUUCGCUCUUCCAGUAUACUCGCCAACUGAAUCCAACGAACUGCAGUUGACGGACGGCAAUUCCGUUAACUUUAACGGCUACUUCCCCGCAACCCUACCACCUUCCCUGAUUUCGCGCCUACCCGAUCAUUGCCUCAACAAGGAAACACCGCCAUUUCAUCUUAUUUACGUGACGGAACGGAACGGCACCCACCAUAUUUUUUAUGACGCUGUGUUCCACGGUACUUCUCGGAGAGCCAUACUUGAUUUUCCAGCUCGGACUGAGUCGACUCGAAUUCAGGUUCCUUUGGUGGGUGCUCAUGUUUCUUUGAAAGAUAAGCCUAGUUUAGUGGGGGAAUCAUUGAUAUACGUGUCGACUCAUGAGGACUCGGGUGUACCCCGGACGAGCUGGGCCGCGGUGUACUCGACCCAAUUGAGUUCCGGGUCGGCACGGAGGUUAACCCCUAAAGGAGUUGCUGAUUUUAGCCCAGCAGUGUCUCCGUCGGGCGUUUGGACGGCGGUGGCGUCGUACGGGAAGAAGGGUUGGACUGGGGAUGUUCAGGAGCUCGACACGGAUAUCUACGUGUUCUCAACUCGUGAUGGGUCGGGCCGGGUCAAGGUGGUGGAGCACGGCGGAUGGCCCGCUUGGGCUGAUGAAUUUACUCUAUAUUUUCACAGAAAGUGUGAUGACGGGUGGUGGAGUGUGUUCAAGGCUGUUCUUCCGAAAGCUGGUCAACUCGGCGUUGACUCCGUCUCGACUCACCGAGUCACACCACCGGGUUUGCACGCGUUCACACCAGCAGCUUCUACUGCUAACAAGAAUCUCAUUGCCGUAGCUACUAGAAGAGCAAGUUCAGAAUAUCGGCAUAUUGAGUUAUUCGAUGUCGCUUUGAAGAAGUUUACAGAAAUAACCCGACCCGCUUCUCCUCAUGCCCAUCAUCUGAACCCGUUCUUCUCACCCGAUUCCUCGUGGGUCGGCUACCAUAAAUGUAGAGGCACUGGCAACGGAAGAGGGAGUGAUACACUGUUAUUCGAGAAUCUUAAAAGCCCGAUACCCGGAAUUUCUUUGUUUCGAGUUGACGGGUCAUUUCCGUCAUUUUCACCGAGUGGUGACCGGAUAGCUUAUGUGAAGUUACCGGGUUUAUACGUGGUAAACUAUGACGGUUCAGGUUUGCGUCAAGUUUCAACAAGAAUGGCUUUUUCCACAGCGUGGGACCCGAAAAGAAAAGGAGUAGUUUACACUAGCGUUGGGCCCACAUUUGCUAGUGAAAGAACGGAAGUUGAUGUUAUUUCCAUUAAUGUUGACGAUGAGGACCUAAGUUACAAACAAUUGACAACAGGAGGGCAGAAUAAUGCGUUUCCAUCGCCUUCACCCGAUGGAAAAUGGAUUGUUUUCCGGUCCGGGCGGUCGGGUCACAAGAACUUGUACGUUAUGGAUGCUUUGGAAGGCGAGACGGGUGGGCUUUAUCGACUCACGAAGGGUCCGUGGACGGAUACCAUGUGUAAUUGGUCACCCGAUGGGGAUUGGAUCGCAUUUGCAUCUGAUCGAGAGAAUCCCGGGUCUGGUAGUUUCGAGAUGUUUAUGGUUCACCCGAAUGGAACAGGUCUCCGGAAGGUGAUCCAGAGUGGUACGGGUGGGCGGACGAACCACCCGUACUUCAGCCCGGAUGGGAAGUAUAUAGUGUUUACAUCAGACUACGCAGCAGUGUCAGCUGAGCCCAUAGCAAACCCUCAUCAUUAUCAGCCAUAUGGUGAUAUCUUUGUGAUCAAAUCAGACGGCUCAGAAAUUCGGAGAAUGACUCACAAUUCAUACGAGGAUGGGACCCCUGCUUGGGGACCCACUUUCAUGAAACCUGUGGAUGUUGAAUGGCCUAACGGUGGAUCUCCUUGUUCUUUUGAAGAUUGUCACUGGCUUAAUGUUAGGCCUAAUGUUAGUGUAGUUCAUGCAUCCCUUGGCUUAGGUUCAGCCAAGAUUGAGUGUGCUCAGUGAGUGUCCCUUUUGUGGUUUGUAUUUUGUGUAUGUACUAUAUGUAAAAUAAAUGAUCAGUUGAAUAUGAAUUGUUUUGCGAGAAGUUUUA